AGGACUAGUUAAACAGAAUAAAUUGUACAUAGUAUUUCAAGUGGAAAAUGGUUAUUACAAUAGAUUCCAAGAAAUGCCUGUGGCUAUGUAUAAUUGUUGGAGAAGUCCUGAUGUAUGGGAGCUAUGGUGUGCUCAUAGACCUGUGUAAAAUUGAUGGGGAGAUUCCAUUCCUGACCUCAUCCUCUGUUUUAAUCACAGAGAUAGUUAAGCUUGUCAUCUGCUUAGUGAUACUUUUUCCUGAUUAUAUGGACAACCAGUUACCAGCCCUUAACUUUCGUCUUGUGCUCCCAUUUGCCAUCCCUGCGUUAUGCUACUGUCUAAACAAUAAUCUAGCUGUCUUCAUGCAGACUCAGAUGGACCCAGCUACCUACAUGGUUUUGGGAAACUUGAAAAUUGUUACAACAGCCAUUCUCUAUAAAAUAAUUAUAAAAAAGAAGUUUAGUACAAUGCAGUGGAUGGCAAUAGCACUUCUAAUGUGUGGUGGAGUUAUAAAUAGCUCAGCUGCCUUAAAGAGCAAAACCAUAUCUUUAUCAGAAAUCCAUAUAACCUUUCUAGGCUUGGGUACCCUUUUAUGUUAUUGCUUUAUAUCAGGCUUUGCCGGUGUUUAUACUGAAUAUAUUUUGAAAAAAGAUCUUGAGUUGUCUAUAUUCUAUCAAAACGUGCUCCUUUAUUUGUUUGGAACAAUGUUCAACUUUCUGAUUUGGCUCGUACAAGCUUUUCAGAAGCGUAAUGCUGCAGAAAAUAACUUAGACUACUUCUACAUCUUUCACGGUUACUCUAUCUACACCUGGACGGUUAUAGUCACACAGGCGGCCACUGGAAUCAUCUUUUCCUUUAUAAUGAAAUACAACAACAACAUCGUCAGACUCUUCAUUAUAGCCGCCGCCCCUUUGAUUGCCACCGCAUUAUCUUAUGAAAUAUUCGGCCUGCAAAUCCACUCCGAGUUUGCUGUGUCAGCUGUUUUUAUUCUAGUAGCUGCAGUCAUGUACAGCUACAGAGGAAAGGAAACCAGUAAAGCUUAAAAUCUGCUUUCUUUAUAUUCACCUGGAAUUUCUGAACUCUGUCAACCCACGAUCACUAUUUAAUUAUUAUGUGCAUUAAUUUUUAAAAAAAGCAAGGCCUUGUUUGGGUUUUGUAAUUAAUUUAAAAAAAUUAAUUGCGUACUUGCUGCAAAGACUGUGCUAGCCCAGGCUAUCUUUCCUGUUACAUAAAAUGUGUUCACUAUCAAUAUUUAGUACUUCUACUCUAGUCACUAGUAUUUAUUUAAACAAUUAAUUAUGAAAAUGUUUAUAUUUUUUUAUUUGUUGUAUUUUUCAGCAUUAAUUAAAAAAAUCAAAUAUGCUUGAUUUACUGGUGAUGUGUUAGAUAAUGCAUUGGUAUGUUUUUACCAUGUAACACUGAGAAUUGUUUUAUUUUGAGAUUAUGAAAUGCUAAUUUAAUCAAAAUGUCUAAUAAGAUUAAUUUUUAUUGGAAUCUUGUAUUUAGAUGGAUCUGUAAAAAUAAAUAAAUGAUGAUCAUCUUUUUGAAAUCACAGUGAGAAAAAAUGCUUUAAAUUUGUAGGAAAUAUAUUUUGUCAUUGCUCUCAUUCAGUAAUUUUUCUGAUAUAAUAAUCAUUAACAAUUUUCUAUGGUAUAUAACAU